UCUAGCCUGACCAAAUUUGUGGCAGUCUGUCAAAUCGCAGGCAGUUCGACUUUCCGACCUGUGCGGUCCGUCGAUUUAGCUAACCGAUAUUGGGUCCUUCCAUGCUCUCAGGCAUUAGCAGUCAGCUGUGUGUUUUUGACUGUGCAAUUGCAUAAAGUGUACUCUGAAUCAGUGAAAUUUGUGCUCAUUUGGUCCUUCUGCACGUUACUGGCAAAACGCCAUCCACCCACAUUUCUUUUUGAAUGCCACUUACACCCAGCAGUUAGUCUAUUAGAAGCAGAGUUCGCUCAAAGCGAUUUCUCACUGUCACCUGUCAGGUGUUCGGAUCACAGAAAAUACUCUGAUUCAACUGGGAUAAAAGGAGCGAAGUGCGGGUCGACAUCCACAGCUGUUGAUCUCUACUCCAUCAAGUAUGUCAAUGUAAAGUACACGUCAUAUUCCGUGGAACAAUUCUUGCGGAAACAGCAGUACAGAUAGUUAGUUUGCGGUGCGCGUUACCGUUUCAGCUAUGGAGCAAUACAACCAAAGGAGUCCGGGUAAUUCGCAUCCAGCUGUGAAACGCCUUAUGAAGGAAGCGCAAGAACUACGUGAAGCCACCGAAGACUAUUUUGCACAACCCCUAGAUGAUAAUUUGUUCGAGUGGCAUUUUACGGUUCGUGGCCCUCCGGACUCUGAUUUCGAUGGCGGUGUUUACCAUGGCCGCAUUAUCCUCCCUUCAGAAUAUCCGAUGAAACCACCCAAUAUCAUCAUUACAACGCCCAACGGUCGUUUCGAAACAAAUAAGAAGAUCUGCCUGUCGAUUUCUGGACACCAUCCUGAGUCGUGGCAGCCGUCGUGGUCGCUUCGGACAGCAAUGCUUGCCCUAAUCGGGUUUAUGCCGACGGAAGGUCAAGGAGCAAUUGGUAGCCUUGAAUGUUCGGCAGAGGAACGUAAGAAGUUGGCGCGUCGCAGCGCAACCUACUCCUGUCCCCAGUGCGGUAACACACGGCAGCUUCUUAAGGAGCCGAGUUCAGCUGGACCGUCUGCUGCUAACAGGGAAGCGAAAGAGUUGGCGGCCCAGAUGAUUUUUACAUCCGAGACAAUCAAAUCGCAGGAACCAGGGAUAGAUAUGGUCACACCAACCCAACCCGUUGCAACGCAAACAACUACGUCUAAUGGUGAAAAAAACUCUAUAAUAGCAGGUGGCGCCACGCCUGAGCUGCCCCCCAGGUCAGUUGAGGUUUCAAGCGAGUUGCGGCAACGUAUGCAGCCCGAUCAACGACCCAGUCCAACUAUUGCUACAGCGGUACCUAUGGUACUUACAUCUCAGCCCCCGCCGCAAACAACGGUGACGGCUGAACCUCGGCCAGCAUUUACCAUACACGGGGUUCUGGGCUUGAUAGACGUCCGUAUGGUGCUCAACGUCUUCAUGAUAAUCUUUGCCGCGGGCUUUCUGACGCUGUGCAUACGACGUGUCUGUUUUCUCUAGAAACAAUUAACAUAAUGACAAAUAUAACGAAAACGAAUGACGAUGCCCAAUGAUUUUUUUGUGCUGAAUCGAAAAAGCUCCGCUGUAAAAGCUAUGAAGAAACUCGGGAGUGCGCGAAUACCCAAGGGAUGUCCCAAUAAUUCUUAACAAUUGUGUGAUAUUACCUAUUCCUACGUUAUUUUCAAUAUUCUAGGUGGGCCACUAGUAGCUGCAACAUAUUUCGCAUUCAAUUAGCGAUAAGUAGACUUGAGAGCGGAUGAGCGAUAAAUGGAGAGAAAAAUAAGAAGACACAAAGAGCGUUCAGGAAUCGCGUCGAAUGCAGCGCUGUUAUACCGUCAAAUUUACGUUGUACGAUACCCGUGUUACUCCGAAUGAAUGAUCAUGGAAACACAACACAGAGCAAAGCAGUAGAGCCUUAAUCCAAGUCGUGUCGAUGAAAUGUCAGCAAUGUGUUAAAAAAGGUAGCCCGUUCAUCAGUUAGCCGUAAAUGAGGUAGCGUAAUUGAAAGCUUGCCAAACUGACAGCGUUCUCAGAUUAUUACAGCGCGGUUAGUAGGAAAUUGUCUACCUUCAUUCGAAUAGCGACAUUCAGGCGUAAACGGAGAGACACAUUAGAGCAUGAUAAAGCCUGAAGAAAAGUACGAACGAAGGCCUUGUUAGGCUGCUUUCAGUAAUUUAAGUAGAGCUUACUACCAAAUUGGAUGAUCUUCUGAUUUCAUGAAAGUUAUGAGUAUGUAUGUUGAACGUAUCGUGGAGAAUAAAAAUGAAUACACCUUAAGAUAAUCUCGCGACACUGGCACUGCGGCGAGUCGACCGGCGCACUAAGAACCACAAUACUGAAAAUGUGAUAAAAAGUGUGCAACUUUUCGAUACCAUUGUGUUGUAUAUAAUACAAUGCAAACAAAAUGCAAGCGUUCUAUGAACUUUAUGAACAUACCCGUGUAAAUAUACAACAUCCGUACAAUAAUAUUAUAUACUACAAAAAGCAUAAUAGAGAAAAGUCUAUUAAUCGCUUGAAAUUGCCGAAAUUUAUUAGGGAAAUCGAGAUGGAAUCGAAAGUACAAGUGGGGCAGAAAAACGGCAAGCACGAACGAAAAGAUGUGGGCGGUCGUCGAAAAUUUCUUCCGCUAUGAAUUGCAUUCUUAUUUACCUUGCACUUGAUUCGUGUUCCUAUGUCCAUUGGACAGGUCGGAAGCAUGGGCCUAGCGAAGAAUAUCUAUUCAACAUUAUUCAAUAAUCGUAGCGGUUUUUGAGCACCAAACAAAACAGAAUAAGAAAACUUCUACAUAAUAAGGACAGUCAUAGUACUUGAACUAGUAGUUCUAAUCUAAAGAACUAGUAGUGGCAGAGCUUUUGCACCAGAAAGAGCAGGUGUUUUUAAUCUAAGAGGAGAAAUUUGAUACCAUUGUGGGUGUGAGUACUAUUCAGAAUAGACAAGUUCAAUAAAUGAUGACGACGACUUUAACUAAAUUUCUCAUAGUA